AUGAAGAUGAUGUGGCUUCAGUCUGUGUCCAGCAGGAGGCGUCAGAGCGGCUCAGCAGGAGGCGUCGAGGAGAACCAAGACAAAGAGAGGAGGAGGCUGCCCAAACUGAAGAACCCUGCAAAGAUCUGGAAGAACCGCAAACAGCAGAACCGCACCGACACUGCAGGUCAGAACCGACAGAACCACAGACAGAACACCGUCAGGUCAGAACCAGCAGAACCUCAGACAGAACACCGUCAGGUCAGAACCGACAGAACCUCAGACAGAACACCGUCAGGUCAGAACCAGCAGAACCACAGACAGAACACCGUCAGGUCAGAACCGACAGAACCACAGACAGAACACCGUCAGGUCAGAACCAGCAGAACCAACAGAACCACACACAGAACACCGUCAGGUCAGAACCACAGACAGAACACUGUCAGGUCUGAACCAACAGAACCACAGACAGAACACCGUCAGGUCAGAACCAGCAGAACCUCAGACAGAACACCGUCAGGUCAGAACCAACAGAACCACAGACAGAACACCGUCAGGUCAGAACCAACAGAACCACACACAGAACACCGUCAGGUGUGUCGUCAUGUUACUGAUGUACCUGUGCAGGUGUGUCGUCAUGUUACUGAUGUACCUGUGCAGGUGUGUCGUCAUGUUACUGAUGUACCUGUGCAGGUGUGUCGUCAUGUUACUGAUGUACCUGUGCAGGUGUGUCGUCAUGUUACUGAUGUACCUGUGCAGGUGUGUCGUCAUGUUACUGAUGUACCUGUGCAGGUGUGUCGUAUGGGGAAGCGUGUGAAGGAGGACCUGCUGACGGUGGUGCGGACGGUGCAGGACUGUUACCCUCCACAGAUGGACAUCCUGAACCUUUACUCUGGACUCUACCAUCAGACGUUCUCCACUCGGCUGACUGAACUCACCACGUCUGGACUGGAAACAGACGACUGCAGCUACCUGCUGUUCUGGAUCAAUCACUACUAUCCACAUGAAGUCCUGAAACAUGAAGAACUGGAGGGGAAGAUAAAGACAGCCUGUCUGGGUUCUCUGCUGCUGCAGGAUCAGCUCACCCGACUGGAGGACCAGUACCUGAACCACAAAGAGGACAAAGUGAAGCUGUGGCUGAACACAGCUCUGAGGAAAGAGGAGGAGAGCUGGCUGAGCGGGCACACACCUGAACUCAUCGACCAGUACUGCUUCAGUCCACUGGCCAUAGAUGUCAUACAGGUGAUAAACAGCUCCCUGACUGAACUGAGCUGUGUGGUCAGAGAUCAGAGGAAAGCUCAGAGGAUCACAGCUCACCUGGAGAGCUUCCUCAGCAGCUACAGGAAGUGUGUGGAGGAGUUUGUGAAGGGAGCCCACAGUAACGUCUGCUCAGUGGUCAAAGCUCACCUGGUCUGUGAGCAGCAGUUCAGGGAUUACAUCACAGGUCAAACAGGAAGUCUGUCGGAGGAGCAGAGACGUCGCUGUCUGGACACUCUGUCCGCCCUGAAGGAUUGUGGGUACAGGUGUAUCACCUGUCCCAUUCACACCCAGAUGAAGGCAAGUUUCAGCCCCCUGUGGACGCCGGUCUGGUUGGACGGGUCACUUCCUGUCAUCGACUUGCUGCUGGACUCUCUGAGCCAACAGCUGACCGACCUGACCGACCUGAAACCAGCCUGCAGAAAGUCCCUGCUGUGUGUCCUCCAUCAGGACCUGGUUCUGCAGUAUGUGAAGAGGAUGAUGAAGACCAGGACGAAGAGCAGAGAGCAGCAGGUGGGCGGAGCUCAGAGGAUGACUGAAGACGCCCAAAAGAUCAACGACUUCUUCAAACAGGAGGGCUGCAGUGAGUCUCUAUGGCUCGGUGAGAUGCUCUGCAGCGUCGCUGAGGUUCUCCGUCUGCAGGAUCCAGGAAGUGUUCAGCUGGAGGUCGUCAGUCUGGCCAGAACGUUCCCUGACCUCAGUGAUGCCCACGUGUCGGCGCUGCUGUCUCUGAAGGGCAGCCUAUCAGCUGCUGACAUUCGCUCCAUUAGGCGCAGCGUGGAGGAGAACCGCCUCCUGGAUGUCUCCACCAAUCAGAGCCCUCCGUUCUUCUCCAAAGUCAAAGUCAAAUGGUUAAAUAAUAAGAUCAAUCAGAUGGCACUAAAGACUUGAACUGUUAUAGCAUGUUAGCAUGUUAGCAUGUUAGUGGUCAGUCAACAGUAUUUUAUGUGUAUUUACAGUGUGUUGCUGUUUUAUCACCAGUGUUGGGUAAGGGUUACUUUAAAAGUAAUCAAAGAAUGUUACUGCGUUACUUUUUAAAAAAGUAACCAGUUACUUUACUGCGUUGCUCCCUGAGAAAAGUAACUCAGUUACUUUAAAAGUACUUCCAACGUUACUCCCUGAGUAAAGUAACUCAAUUACUUUAAAAGUACUUCCAACGUUACUC